CCGCAGCCGGCCUCAGGAGCUAUCAACUUCCUGGUCUUCAAAUAAACCAAGACACGUGUAAAGGUUUCGGGGAGCAAAGUCUAGGCGGGACUCAAAACAGUAACGCGAAGGACUUAGGGAAAUAAACUGCAAAGACUACAUGCCCCAGGAUGCUUUGCUCUGCUACCAUGGGACAGAAAAAAAACACGCUGGCAGCCCGUUAGGCGCGUUGCAUGCUGGGAUGUCUGGGGUUAUCUGAGUGGCGGCGAACUGCAUUCUGUGACUUGUAGUCUCAUCCAGAGGAUCAAGUAACGGACUGUUAGGCGUCACCAAGUGGCCCCACUCAGCUCCUAGGAAGAAUUAAAGAUGAAUCCUGAAGAGAGUCAGCCCCAGUCUCCAAAGAAAACCACAUCCCUUUUUCCUAUCAAAAAUGGUUCCAAAGAAAAUGGGAUCCAUGAGGAACAAGACCAAGAACCACAGGACCUCUUUGCAGAUGCCACAGUGGAACUAUCCCUGGACAGCACACAAAAUAACCAGAAGAUGAUGCCAGCCAAAACACUUAGUUCUCAUUCUCCACAAGAAGCCACAAAUUCUCCUAAGCUGCAGCCGAGCUAUGAGGAGCUAGAGGAAGAAGAACAGGAGGACCAGUUUGACCUGACAGUCGGUAUUACUGAUCCUGAGAAGAUCGGGGAUGGUAUGAAUGCGUAUGUAGCCUACAAAGUCACAACACAGACAAGCUUGCCGAUGUUCAGAAGUAAGCAGUUUGCAGUAAAAAGAAGAUUCAGUGAUUUUCUGGGUCUUUAUGAGAAGCUUUCAGAGAAACACUCUCAAAAUGGCUUCAUUGUCCCUCCUCCACCUGAGAAGAGCCUAAUAGGGAUGACAAAAGUGAAAGUCGGGAAGGAAGAUUCUUCGUCUGCAGAAUUUCUUGAAAAAAGGAGGGCUGCUUUGGAAAGGUACCUUCAAAGAAUUGUCAAUCAUCCUACCAUGUUACAAGACCCAGACGUCAGGGAGUUUUUGGAAAAAGAAGAGCUGCCACGGGCUGUGGGCACUCAGGCUUUGAGUGGUGCUGGUCUCCUGAAGAUGUUCAACAAAGCUACAGACGCAGUCAGCAAGAUGACCAUCAAGAUGAAUGAGUCAGACAUUUGGUUCGAGGAGAAGCUCCAGGAGGUGGAGUGUGAGGAGCAGCGCCUACGGAAGCUGCAUGCUGUGGUAGAGACGCUAGUCAACCACAGGAAAGAGCUAGCUCUGAACACAGCCCAGUUUGCCAAGAGUCUGGCCAUGCUUGGGAGCUCUGAGGACAACACGGCCCUGUCACGAGCGCUCUCCCAGCUGGCUGAGGUAGAAGAAAAGAUUGAGCAGCUCCACCAGGAACAGGCCAACAACGACUUCUUCCUCCUCGCUGAACUCCUGAGUGACUACAUUCGCCUCCUGGCCAUCGUCAGAGCUGCCUUCGACCAGCGCAUGAAGACGUGGCAGCGCUGGCAGGACGCGCAGGCCACGCUGCAGAAGAAGCGGGAGUCUGAGGCUCGGCUGCUGUGGGCCAACAAGCCUGACAAACUGCAGCAAGCCAAGGAUGAGAUUACAGAGUGGGAGUCUCGGGUGACUCAGUAUGAAAGGGACUUCGAAAGGAUCUCAACAGUUGUCCGAAAAGAAGUGAUUCGAUUUGAGAAAGAGAAAUCCAAGGACUUCAAAAACCACGUGAUCAAGUACCUGGAGACACUCCUACAUUCCCAACAGCAGCUGGCAAAAUACUGGGAAGCCUUCCUUCCUGAGGCGAAGGCCAUCUCCUGAGGGACCAAGGACCAGAGCCCACCUGUGUGACGCUGCCUUUUUAUACACUGCCCUCCUCCCCCUCGAUGGACCCCAACUGAUGCACCCUGCCUUGGCUGGACUUAGCCCUUCCACUCUGCCCCCACAAACAAACUGUUCCCAGUUACUCUAACCAAUAUUUCAUUUAGCUUCCACAUAUAUUUUCUUACCUAAGAGAAUAGUUUCCUGCUUUAAGCAAAGACCUACAAUAGGUGGUGGAAUUAUAGGUUAGGGGUGGAGUGUUGAUAUAAAUAUAUAAAUACAAAUGUAUAUUUUUCAGGCUGUGGUUUAGGAACUGGGAAUAACGUUUUCUGUUACUCCUGACGGUGCCAUGGAAGAUUAUGUAAUAAAAUAUUUGAAAAUCA